ACUUCCCUUACAACCCUAUGCACGUCGCACGAGGUCGCAAUAUUCUCGAUCUGAUGUGACCCUACAGUAUGUGACUAAGGAACACAGUUUUAUCCCUCUUUAAUCUGUUUUAAUAAUGGAACGACACUUAAUGGACUCUCAAAUCAAAGGAGUUAGCACAGGCACCACCAUCUUGGCGGUGACGUUCAAUGGAGGGGUCAUCAUCGGCUCAGAUUCCAGGGCGUCCAUUGGAGGGUACUACGUGUCCUCUAAGACCAUCAACAAGCUGAUCCAGGUCCAUGACAGGAUAUUCUGCUGCAUCGCCGGCUCCCUGGCAGACGCUCAGGCCGUCACCAAGGCUGCCAAAUUCCAGAUCUCCUUCCACAGUAUUCAGAUGGAGUCCCCUCCUCUGGUGAAGGCAGCAGCGUCCGUGUUGAAGGAGCUGUGCUACAACAACAAGGAGGAGCUGCAGGCCGGCUUCAUCACUGCAGGCUGGGACAGGAAGAAAGGGCCACAGGUUUACACAGUGGCCCUGGGCGGUAUGUUACUCAGUCAGCCGUUCACCAUCGGAGGAUCAGGCAGCACAUACAUCUACGGUUACGCCGACGCCAAAUACAAACCUGACAUGAGCAAAGAGGAGUGCCUGCAGUUUGCUACAAAUGCUCUUGCCCUGGCUAUGGGCAGAGACAAUGUCAGCGGGGGUGUGGCACACCUGGUAGUGAUCACGGAGGAGGGGGUGGAGCAUAUUGUCAUUCCUGGAGACAAGCUGCCCAAGUUCCACGAGGAGUAGUGACGAGUAGUGACACUUCAAUCAGCUGUAACACUCUGAGAGAGGAAUUUGAAACCUUCACCCAACCAAUCACUGUUGUUCAUACUGUACAUGCAGCAUUUGGUGUUCAUAGGCCUAACUAUUCACAUCAGUUUUGGGACUGUGGUUAGAAAUAAAGACUCAUGAUUUCCAAGAGUCCAAUGUGAGAAUCUUCUCUGCUCCUGCCUAUGUGUUUUCUAAUCCAUACCGUGUUAAUUUUGUUUCUGUGCUUUAUAUAUCUGUUUAUCUAAUGACCUUUGUAUGGAAUCAAUAAAGUGUGUUUGAUUAGAAAUGUG